AUGGGGAUACUACUGGUUUCCGGGAGAUUCUUGGCUCGACGGCCUCCACUGGCGCUCGCCCCUCGCUGCUCCCGAGGCUCCCCGGACAAGCGCGGCAGGGACGAAGGUAUGAGUGACACAUCAUCAACUGACUGGGAUAAGGCUUGGUCUACCUUUAAGAAGAAAGGGAAGAAGACCCUAUUCUCAGAGUUCUCACCGAACAAAUAUGUGACCUGGAACCCACGGCGCAGUGAGUAUCCAUUGUCAGAAGAAGUCGAUCCAAUCAAAAGAGCUGAGAGGUCUAACUUGAUGUUGUGGACAAGCCCAAGAUUUACCUUGGUAGGGGCGAUUAUCAUCGUUUCGGCAUUGCUAAUCUAUACAUUGGUUGUCCCACCCAAGUAA